CGAUCGAUCAGUUCGGGUGCGUCGCUUGGUGAAGCAAGAUCGCAAAGAUCGACAAGUUGGUUCGACAUUUAGAACAAACGAACGUCUUGUUCUUCGAGUGGUUUAGUGAAGUGCAAGUGGCAAGUGAAGAAUGGCUCAUUUCCUCGAUAUUCCGUACGCGGACGGUUUGAUGAGACGUAAAAGCUCGAUAGCAUCGAGUGUGCUGGCGAGACACUAUAUAAAUAACGCCAGCCGAAGUAUCAAUAGCUCAUGCGCCCAAAUCAAUGAGUCGGAUAAGGCUAACGAUACAAACCACAAGGUGUUUGUGCAGCUGAACGAGCUGACCGGCAGCGGAGAAAAUCAGGAAUGGAAGCAGACGGCCCGCUGGAUCAAGUACGAGGAGAACUUGGAGGAGGGAGCCGAUCGGUGGGGCCGGCCACACGUUGCCGCCCUGUCGUUUCACUCGUUGCUGAAUCUACGCCACUGUCUCGAGACGGGAGUCGUCCUGAUGAACCUAGAGGCAAAUGACUUGUCCAUAGUUGCGCAUCGCGUAGUGGAGCAGAUGGUCGCUCGUGAGUUGAUCCAUGAGGAUGAUAAGCCGGUCAUCGCACGGGCACUGCUGCUGCGCCAUCGGCAUGUCAACGAGAACACGCACGGUGGAAUCUUCUACGGCUCGAGGCGGAGGUUAAGCAGCUUCACGAGCAUUCUGAGUGUGAAGAAUGACAGCAGAAAACCACGCAUCAUACCGGUAGUCGAGAUCAAUGGUGGCCAAAGUGAGAUGAGACUCAACAUCAACGACGAAUCCUACACCUCUUCCCAGGAAGACAUCAAGAUGUGCACAAUUCUGAAGCGCAUUCCCGAGGGGGCCGAAGCCACGACCGUCCUCGUCGGUACUGUCGACUUUCUCGAGCAGCCAACGAUCGCCUUCGUACGGCUGGCGGAAGGUAUUCCGAUGCCGAGCAUUACGGAGGUACCGAUCCCCGUGCGCUUUCUGUUUCUUCUGCUUGGGCCUAAAAAAACCGACCUGGACUACCAUGAGGUUGGCCGGUCGAUUGCAACACUCAUGUCGAACGAGCAUUUCCACGACAUCGCCUAUAAGGCGGACGAUCGGGAAGAGCUGCUGUCCGCAAUCGAUGACUUCCUGGAAGACUCGAUCGUGCUGCCACCGAGCAAAUGGGAGCGUCAGGGACUGUUGCCGUUCGAGGAGCUCAAGGCCAGAAGCGACAUGAUCCGAUUGCGCAAGAAGAAAGCACUGGACGAGAUGAUUAAGAGUAAGCAGCCAUCGCUGGUCACGAGCGAAGAGGAGAAGAAGCUCCUGACGGUUGGUGGUGGUGGUGGUGGUGGUGAUGGUGGGAGUGAUGGGAAGAAACCGCCCAAUAACCCGUUGGAGAAGACCAACCGUCUGUGGGGUGGAGUGAUCAACGACAUCAAGCGUCGCUACCCGAUGUACAAGAGCGACAUUAUGGAUGGACUCAACACGGAAACGCUGGCGGCGACCAUCUUCAUGUACUUUGCGGCCCUCUCAACGGCCAUCACCUUCGGAGGGUUGUGUUCGGAUAAAACCGACAAUCUGAUCGGCAUCUCGGAAUCUCUGCUAUCAGAUGCGAUAUUCGGUAUGGUGUUUCAUCUGCUUGCCGGACAGCCACUGCUCAUCAUUGGCACGACCGGUCCGCUUGUCCUGUUCGAUGAGGCACUGAAUCAGUUCUGUAUCUCGAACGACUUCAACUUCCUUACGGUGCGCGUGUAUGUUGGAUGUUGGCUGGUGGUGAUCGCUUUGCUCGUGUCCGCGUUCGAGGGUAGUGUGUACGUGCGAAUGUUCACUCGCUUUACGCAGGAAAUCUUUUCCGCCCUAAUCACGCUACUGUUCAUCUUUGAAACCACCAUAAAGCUUGUAUCUGUGUAUGUUCGACAUCCACUGUUGUCUGAGUAUGUGUACAAGAAUAUAACUGUUGCGCCCCUUCUACCGAUGCCUUGUCUGGAGGUGAGCAAUGGCACUACUUCGAUUGGAUUGCUCGAAAAUAACCUAACAAUGGUCGUGAAUGGAACGCUGGGACUCGCCUCAAACAUUGAUCACCUGCUCAUUCCGGAAGAUACUAGGGGGCCCAGGAACCAACCAAAUACGGCGCUUUUCUGCACCAUCCUCAUGUUUGGAACAUUCUCGCUGGCCUACUACCUGAAGCUGUUCCGUAACUCACACUUCCUGGGGCGUACUGCGCGGCGUGCGCUCGGUGAUUUUGGAGUGCCGAUCUCGAUCGCCAUAUUCGUACUAGUUGACUACCUGACGCCACAGGUGUACACGGAGAAGCUAAGCGUACCCGAGGGUCUCUCACCGAGCGAUCAAACACGCCGUGGAUGGCUUAUUCCGAUGGGUGGCGUUCCCAGCUGGUUGCCAUUCUUGGCAAGUAUUCCCGCACUGUUGAUGUACAUUCUGAUCUUCAUGGAGACACACAUUGCGGAGCUGAUCGUCGAUAAGCCUGAGCGGGGGCUGAAGAAAGGUUCCGGUUUGCACAUGGACGUUGUGUUGCUGUGUGUCAUUAACACCGUGUGUGGGUUCUUCGGUAUGCCGUGGCAUAGUGCUGCUACGGUCCGAUCGGUAUCACACGUGUCAGCCGUUACUAUCAUGUCUAGGACUCAUGCACCAGGAGAUGCGCCACACAUCGCGGACGUGAAGGAGCAACGAGUAUCGGGUUUUGUGGUAUCGGUCUUGGUGGGUCUUUCAGUAGUAAUGGCUCCGAUCUUGCGCCUGAUCCCGAUGUCUGUGCUGUUUGGUGUUUUUCUCUACUUGGGCAUUGCUUCCAUGAGCGGAGUGCAGUUGUUCGAGCGAUUGCGCUUGUUCCUGAUGCCAGUUAAACAUCAUCCACAAGUGCCAUUUGUGCGACGUGUUCGGAUGUGGAAGAUGCAUCUGUUCACCUUCAUACAGGUACUAGCGUUAGCCGUUAUGCUAGCCGUGAAAUCAUCACCAUUUGCAAUGGCAUUCCCGUCCUUUCUGAUAUUCAUGGUGCCGAUUCGGAUACAGAUGGAGAAGUUUUUCACGCCCCUUGAGUUGCGAGCGCUGGACAGCAGUCAACCGAACGAAGGAGCAGAAGAUGAACCCGAUUUUUACGAGCAAGCUCCCAUUCCUGCCUAAAUAAUAUCGAUUUAUACUUAAAAAUAUGAAAGUACUCAACAGAUUUAUAACUAUGUGUUUAACAAUUAUAUUUCUUACCUUUUACAAUGAUGAAUAAAGCUUUUAAAAGAUGC